AUGCCGCAAGCACCAAGAAUUUCGCCCGCUCUGUGGGAAGCCCAAAGGCGUCGCAUAACUGAGCUGAAAGCCCAAUAUAUUCGCAAAGUGAAUGCCAACUGGAAACUGCAAAAGAAUUACACCAAAGAAAAAUGGCAGCAUGCGAGUGCUUUAGUUACCAAGCGCGAGGCCAAGGGAAAGAUAACCGAACUCAGCAUCGAUGGUAAAGUCAUCUCGGAGAAGAGGCGAAAGAAAGAAUUGAGAAGAUAUAAUGUUUCGCCAGUCGAAGAAGAGUUCGUGAGUAAUACUACCUCCGGCGUAGUUGCUUAUACGCCGCCAUCAUCCAACUCUAAGAUCGUUCUCAUUGGCAAUUUCCCCUGGUUGAACUUCCGAGAAAGCUUCAACAACCUACUCUGUAGUCGAUGCCCACUUUCCAGCCCCAACCGACAAGACGGGUCACUUGGUUCUUGCGAGGUGGAAACUCUGUUACCAUGGGGCAUCUAUGCCAACGGGGAAACUCCUACAAGUCUGCCACCGCAAGGGCCACCCAAAUCCAUUUCCGAUUUGAUUUCAAAGAAUCUUGACACGACGAGACAGAGACUGUUUGAACUAAUUCAAGACGUGGAUAAUUCUCUAAAAGGCCUCCGACACUAA